GUUAAGACAAUUAUGGCAGCGCAUUUCGCGUACCAAGAGGAAUACGAGUUUGCACUUAAACUAGUCCAAGAAGUAUCCCAGACGUUCACUCCCGCGUUCCACUCCAACAAGGAUAUCCAGACUAAAUCAUUCGGAUCGGAUCUUGUCACCAAAACAGACCAAGCAGUCGAGGCAGCAAUAUUCAGUGCGAUAAGAACAAAAUAUCCCUCUGAUAACACAAUCGGAGAGGAAUCUUCGGAGGGAGCAAUAUUCGACAAUCGCAGAACUUGGAUCGUAGAUCCAAUAGACGGAACAACCAACUUUGUCCACAGUAACCCCGAGUGUUGCAUCUGUAUAGGGUUCACCGUGGACAAGACCUCCAAGUUCGGUGUUAUCUACUGCCCCAUACUCAGGGAUCUCUACACGGGUAGGAGGGGUUUUGGAGCGGCUCUGAACGGCCGUCCUAUCAGAGUGUCUGAAACAACAGCCCUGAAUAGAGCGCUGGUGUCCACGUACGUGAUACCCAGUAAAGGUAUGGGGCUGAGGGAGAGUAUGGAGAGUAUUCAGAGGGUGAGUGGGGAGAGAGAAGGGUGUUGUCAUGGUCUCAGGUUGGGAGGAAGCAGCGCUAUCAUGAUCUGCCAACUUGCUGCUGGAAAUGUUGACGGAUUCUGGUUAGAAGGGCUCCACAUCUGGGACAUGGCAGCAGCAGUGGUCAUAGCAAGUGAAGCAGGAGGAGUAGUGAUAUCCACUGUACCUGGAGAAGAGUUUGAUCUGACUCGGAGAAGAGUGGUAGUGGCCAGCACUGAACAAUUGGCUGGCGAGAUAAGAGAUAGGAUUGUCAGGGCCCCAGAUGACCUUUUUAAGAGAGAACAUUGCUGAAAUUAAUAGUUUAUUUAUAAUACGUUAUCCAUUAGAUGCAUAGAGCAUAGAGCUGGUUUAUUUUUGAUUUAAAUAUGAUUUUUAGAUUUUGUACUC